AUGGAGCUGAGUGGAGUGGCCGCCAGCCAGCUCCUUUUAUUGCUGUGCUUCAAGACCCUGGCUGUCCAGACUGCCGAUACCUGUCCAGAGGUGAAGGUGCUGGGUCUGGAGGGCUCCGACAAGCUCUCCAUCCUCCGAGGCUGCCCGGGGCUGCCCGGAACCCCAGGGCCCAAGGGAGAGGCCGGCGCCAGUGGACUGAAGGGAGAACGAGGUUCCCCCGGAUCCCCUGGGAAGGCAGGGCCGGCCGGGCCCAAAGGAGAGCCGGCGCAGCUCCCGACAUGUGCCACAGGACCUCAGACCUGUAAAGAGCUGCUCACCAGGGGGCACUUCCUGAGUGGCUGGCACACCAUCUACCUGCCCGACUGCCGGCCCCUGACCGUGCUGUGUGACAUGGACGUGGACGGCGGGGGCUGGACCGUUUUCCAGCGAAGGAUGGACGGCUCCGUGGACUUCUACCGGGACUGGGCGGCAUACAAGCAGGGCUUCGGCCAUCAGCUGGGAGAGUUCUGGCUGGGAAAUGACAACAUCCACGCCCUGACCUCCCAGGGAACCAGUGAGUUCCGGGUAGACCUCUUGGACUUUGAGGGCAACCACCGAUUUGCCAAGUACCAGUCAUUCAAGAUGGAAGGCGAGAAAGAGAAGUACAAGCUGGUCCUGGGAGCCUUUGUGGAGGGCACUGCCGGUGAUUCCCUGACGUCUCACAAAGACCAGUUCUUCUCCACCAAAGACCAAGACAACGACCAGAGUUCCUCUAACUGUGCGGUGCAGUACCAGGGGGCCUGGUGGUACAACAGUUGUCACUCGUCCAACCUGAACGGCCGCUACCUCGGCGGGCUACACAAGAGCUAUGCCAAUGGCAUCAACUGGAGGUCGUGGAGAGGGUACAAUUAUAGCUACAAGGCGUCGGAGAUGAAGGUGCGGCUCACCUAGGCGGGCGGGGCCAGCAGCCUCACCGGAGGCCUCCCCGCAGCCCCCAGAAGCUUCACUCCGUCCCCAGCGAAGCCAGCGCACAUGGUCCCCACCGCCCCUUUGCCUCUGCUCCAUAAGACCUGCUGCGUCCAACCCCUUCUGUCCCAUCAGAGGGU